UUAAACAUAUAGCAGAUAAGAAAGGGGAGACGGCGCAUGGCAGUUUCAGUUGAGAGCUGAUAUUGAAUGCGGCUAACGACAACGGGGACUUAUCUGAAUAGUUAAACGUGAUGCGAAAGCAAGCCAUGCUUCUGUACACGUGAGGAGCAACGUGAGUUUUUUGUCGUCAGACGAGUUUUCCCCUGACGCUCUUAGCGCUGAUUGGAUAAUCAAGAAAUUAGCAACACAAAUCACAGCUGUAUUUUCUGUACGCAAGAGCUGUAUCAACAAAACGAAGUGCCUCAACUAUCUUUAAAUUCAAGAUAAUUUUCAGUAUAUUGAAGAGAUGAGUACAUAACCUGUACAAUCCAACUGCAGUCACACAACCUACCGGCUGACGUGAGCUCAUGCAUGCUUGUGAACUAUGAACGAUACCCGAAGAAGCAACAUUCAACCCAUUGCCCACAAAAGCGGUGACUGGUCCUCUACAAAUGUCGCUGUGCAAUCUUUGACCACAACAAACAAGUCAAAUUCGACUACAAUAUCAUGGGGCGACUGCCGCGUAUGUGGAGAUCGUGCAACUGGCCGACACUAUGGAGUAGUGGCAUGUGAAGGAUGUAAGGGGUUUUUCAAGAGGAGCAUACGUAAAAAGCUUGUGUAUGGUUGUAGGGCUGAGGGAGAUUGUGUUGUCGAUAAAAUACACAGGAAUCGAUGCCAAAGAUGUCGCUUGGAGAAGUGCUUCAAAGUAGGGAUGAAUCAAGAUGCUGUCCAAUGCGAAAGGAAGCCACUGAAGAUUUCAUUGUCCCCAACAAAUGAUCUUCGCCGCCCCAGUACCGAAGAACAAGACGAGUGCGGUACUACUCUUAGUGAAACCAGACUAAACGUAGCAUCGUUUGGAAGAAGUACUUGCGCUCCAAUACAAAUAAGCUCUGCUUCUCAUUCAACCACUAAUGUCCCGGGAGAUAUUAUUGGAACACAGCAUUCGGAGUUCAAACUCCACAUUCCAUCGCUUGCCAUUCCAAAACUUUCCAUGGACUAUAUCUAUGAGUUUGCAACAAGACUUCUCUUUCAGUCAGUUGACUGGGCCAGAAGUAUUAGCGCGUUUAGGAGCCUCGAAAAAUCCGAUCAAGUUGUACUGCUUCAGAGAUCUUGGUCCGAAAUAUUUCUGCUCGGCGUGGCUCAGUGCAUUGCUUGUUUUCCAUUUUCUCCCCUGUUGGCGUUUGCUGCACAAAGUCUUAAACAGAAGGAAGAGCAUCAAAAGCCACGAGUGUUCUCUUCUAACCACAGUCCGUUCUCUAACUUUGAAAAACUUAUAAUUGUCAAAGACUUUGUGUUCAGUUUUGACAAACUUGAGCUCAAUGGGAUGGAGUAUGCUUACAUCAAAGCCAUUGUUCUUUUCAACUCAGAUCCACAAGCUACAGUGACCGACUUGAAACUCAUCGACAGCAUACAAGAAAAAACACAUUGCUCAUUCAAGGCUUACAUAGAAAGAGAAUACCCUGAACAACCAGGCAGGUUUGCCAAGGUGUUGCUAAGGUUACCAGCCAUCAGAUCAAUUGAGCAGUCCCUCGUAGAAGAACUUUUUUUCUCUCAGCUCAUUGGUAACGUUAAAAUAUCUGAUAUCAUGGAAUAUAUAGUAUCACAAUCUCCAACUUUCUGAUCUGAUAAAACACAUCUGAUAAAACACGACUAUUUAAACCAUAGUUAAUGGAGCGGAAUGGUUUGGAAACUGCAUAGAACAAAGCUAUUGCUUUGCCUUUGAUGUUAAACCGUACUAUCACGUGUUACCGUCCUCCACUGUGCACAGUCAACAUCAUAUAAUAAUGGAUAAAGACGAACAAAAACAUAGAACAAUAAGUUUCCUAACCAUUCCGCUCCAUUUACUAUGUUUAAACACAAAUAAAAUAAAACACAACUGAUAAAACACGACUAUUUAUAGAACAUAGAUAUUAUAAGCUGGCGACGUAACUUGUGAAAUUUAGAUUUUAGGGCAUAGCAAGAUGGAAGGGAUAGCGCACCGUUCUUAUAAUCUUAAAGGUUAUGAUUGCACGUACCUUAGUGAAAGCUAAUUUAGUGAUCGAUUUUUAUCUAUUAUACAGUAACGGAUAAACUUUGAAAUAAAUUCGUUUAGGGAGAAUAGACCCCUUCGCAGUUCCCUGCGCCAUCGUGAGGUAGCUGUGCCUUUGCAUCGAAGAGAGACGAACGGUGAGCUUGCAAUGAUAGAGACAUUUUUUAACACCUUCAUCAAUUAUUCUCAUGUCUCCGUCUUUUCAAGCUCAUUGUUCUUCUCGCUUCGAUGCAAAGGCACAGCUACCUUUUCCAAGAUAACGCAGGAAAUUGUGAAAGGAACAUGAGUUGCAUGAGUUUCUCAAGCUUCAUUGUAAUACUUAUGAUGCUUUAAAUAGAUAAGAAAGUAAUUGAUCAGAAGUAGCAUAUUAUUUUUUCUUAUAUACGCUAUACUAUUACCCAAAAAGAUUCCAAACACUAAAUCUUCCGUGUUGAAUUCUCUAGAGGCACCAACUUUCUGCAUUAACCACAGGCAGGCACAAGCAAUUUAUUUCUGGUGUGUACGAAGGCAUUUACAGUAAUUUUAUAGGACGAAAAAGUUUAGAAGCGUAGAAAUGAGUAAUGUGAUGGGCCUGAAUAUGCUAAUGUGUCACUCGCUCGCUCGCUCGCUCACYAAGAUGUUAGCAAAAUCACAGGUAGCCCAUUCCGUAUUUCUGUGAGUGUUUUACUAAGAAAAUAAAUGCUACGAUCUUUUGAAGAUA